AUGGCUGAACCAGAGAAGAAAAUCACGGAGGUGGACAUCCAACCCGUUGGUAAGGAUGUGGCCGUGGGUAGUAUUGUCGAAAUGGUGCUCAGANAGAAUGAGUCGGGCGAGAGCCUGCCGAACAAGGAGUUCCAGGAAGAAGAGGCGCUGAACUUCACCCUCGAGGAGACGAGGGACAUGAUGGAGAAGGUCUGGAAGAUCCAUGAAUUGGACCCCAACUUCCCAGACAGCAUCCUUGACAAGAUCAGAGAGUUCUUGUUCAACGAAGAUGUUUUCAUCAACGCUGAGAAACAUGCGGAGCUCAUUGCGGAAGUCAAAAUCGAGGCUGCCCUGAUCGUCAACAACUCUCCAUACGCUGAAGUCAGAGCCGUGGUCGACAACACUGAUGAUCCCAAUAUGCCGUGUGCGUCUCUCCGAGCUUAUGUCAUCGGUUUGCUCUUCGUCACUGUGCUCGGCUUCAUCAAUCAACUGUUCUCGAUCAGACAGCCUUCAAUCACCGUCGAAGCCAAUGUCGCCCAGCUGCUUGCCUACCCUGUUGGAGUCGCUGCUGCAAGAUGGCUUCCAGACAAGGGGUUCACUCUGUUCGGAACACGCCACAGUCUGAACCCUGGUCCAUUCUCUAAGAAGGAACACAUGCUUAUUACUAUCAUGGCUAAAGUCGGAGCCAACCUUCCGUAUACUGACUACGUCGUCUGGGUACAGUUCCUUCCCCAUAUGUUCAAUCAGAGUUGGGCCGGCUCCUUCGCAUACCAGAUUGUGAUCGCAAUCGGUACGAACUUCAUUGGUUUUGGUCUUGCUGGUAUUUGUCGUCGCUUCCUCGUCUACCCUGCCUACUGCGUCUGGCCCACCUCUCUUGUUACAAUGGCCUUGAACAAUUCUUUCCAUGAUGGUUCCAACCCUUCUGUCGUGGCGCCUUUCAAANAAGUCCUGACAAUGUCUAGGCUCAAGUUUUUCCUCUUGACCUUCACUGCCAUGUUUUUCUGGUUCUGGUUCCCCAAUUUCCUUNUUGAAGCCCUCAGUAUAUUCAACUGGAUCAAUUGGAUUGCGCCUAACAACUUGCAUCUUUCCACUAUCACUGGGAUGAACAACGGACUUGGCAUCAACCCGUUCCCCACUUUCGACUGGAACAUCUUGCUAUGGGAUCAGAUGGACCCCUUGAUGGUGCCUUUCUUUAACACUGUCAAUCGUUUCGCCGGCAUGGUAAUUUCCGGGUUUGCUCUUCUCGGUAUCUGGUACACAAAUACCUUCAACACUAGCUACUUGCCCAUCAACUCCAACAAGGUGUUCGACCACUUCGGCAAAUUCUACAAUGUUACCCGCACGUUGGACGAUCGCGGCAUGUUCGACGCCGCGAAGUACGUUGAUUACUCACCAGCCUACAUGAGCGCUGGCAGCUUGACCACCUACGCAUGCUUCUUUGCCAUCUACACCGCAACAAUCUCCUAUGCUUUCAUGUACCAUCGUCAUGAGAUUAUGAUGGGCUUCAAGAAUCUCUUUCACCGUGGGCAAAGACAAGAGUAUAACGAUAUCCACAAUCGUUUGAUANCUACUGUUGGUGUUGUCUUCUACGGUCUUGCUCUGUGUCUUGUCUUCAUCCUGCCUAUCGGCAUCAUCAGAGCCAUCACUGGUAUCCCAGUCACACUCAACGUCUUGGCCGAGUUCAUCGGAGGUGCUUGGGUUGGAGGCAACGCCCUGGCCAUGAACUUCUUCAAGUCCUUCGGCUACGUCACCUGCGCUCACACCAUUCAGUUUCUGAACGAUCUCAAGCUUGCUCACUACACCAAAAUCCCACCUCGCCACGCUUUCUGGGCUCAGAUGGCUGCGUGUUUGGUUUCCACAUUCGUCUGCACCGGCGUACUCAACUUCCAAAUCCACAUCAAGGAUGUGUGUACCACUGAUGCGCCCAACCGCUUCUACUGUCCUGGAAACAACACUUUCUUCACUGCUUCUGUGCUUUGGGGUACUCUCGGCCCCCACAAGGUGUUCGGCAAGGGUGGCUUGUACACAACCCUUCUUAUAGGCUUCCCUAUCGGUCUAGUUGUGCCUCCAAUCCUCUACUACACCACUCGCCGCUUCNCCCAGAAGAAGUGGCUUCGCCAGAUCCACCCCGUCGCCAUGAUCUACGGCGGUCUCACCUGGGCUCCCUACAACUUCUCGUAUGUCUGGCCUCAGGUGCCUAUCGGUUUCAUGGCCAUGGUAUGGCUCAAGUCAAGAUACUUGGCUUGCUGGUCCAAGUACAACUACGUGCUUAGUGCUUCUUGGUCUGCUGCCAUUGGCAUUUCCGCCAUCAUCAUCUUCUUCAGCGUACAAUACUCGGGCAAGGUCAGCCUCGAUUGGUGGGGUAACAAUGUCUCGUACCAGGGUUGUGAGAACAAGGCUUGUACAAGACUUGCGCUGGGCAAGGGAGAGUUCUUUGGUCCUCGUUCCUGGUGA